ACGGCAGUAGGUGCGGCUAUACAGGACGAGCGGCGGUCUUCUGGCUAUAAGGGGAAAAAAAUCACCACAUAUUCUCACUUAGACGUCUGUUUUCUCGCGUGGAAACCCGUUUGGAAGAGAACGAGGAGGUAUUUUAAUAACUGGAUAUUUCUUUGGACGACAUUAAAGCGACGAAUUUCGUGGUUUGGAGUUUACAUAACAGGCUUUCCUGGUGUUCACCGGUUCUGCUACGGAGUAUUCUGGUCAUUCGCCUCCUAAAAUAACAGGCUAGUUAAAUAUUCCGUCUUUAACAGUCAUAUUGGGUCAUUAGAGUAAGGGACAAGUCGAAAAGUUUAGUGUUUUUUCAAUAUUUACGGGUUUUUCAUUUUUCUGAAAAACAAGUUAUACAACAAACCAGGCUAGAGCGCUGCAGCCACCAGGGUCCUAAAGCUCGCGGGGUUCGCGUCAUCACAGUUCCUUGGAAAACUCACUUUUUUGCGUCCAAAUGCUUCAGGAAUCAGCUGUUUAUCAAUUCUUCCACAUUAUGGAAAAAGUUCUGUUAGAGCAAGGCUAAUAAAAAAAAAUCCGGGCUCAAGUUUGUUUGUUUUUUUCUUAUCUGAAGUGACUUUCUAUAUUAUUCUGCUUGGACUAACAACUGCCUGCGAAUUGGAAUAAUAAUCAACGGAGCUCCGUUAAAAGAAGAAGAAGAAGACUGCUGAUAUCAUUCACGAAAGGAAUAACUGAAGGGCUCGUCCAGUUGAGUAAUGGUCAUUAAUACGAUCCACUGGUUCCGGAAGGGUUUGCGGCUCCACGACAACCCGUCGCUGAAGGACUCCUUGCUGGGGGCUGAUGCAGUCCGCUGCGUUUACAUCCUCGACCCCUGGUUCGCUGGGUCUUCCAACGUCGGGAUAAACAGGUGGAGGUUCCUGCUGCAGAGUCUCGAGGAUUUGGACUCCAGCCUUAGGAAGCUCAACUCCCGUCUGUUUGUGAUCCGGGGCCAACCCACAGAUGUCUUUCCCAGACUCUUCAAGGAAUGGAAGAUCACUCGGCUCUCUUACGAGUACGACUCUGAGCCUUUUGGGAAAGAGCGAGAUGCUGCCAUUAAGAAGCUCGCCUCUGAGGCCGGAGUGGAGGUGACAGUUCGCAUCUCCCACACGCUCUAUGACUUGGACAAGAUCAUAGAGCUAAACGGGGGUCAGUCUCCCCUCACCUACAAGCGGUUCCAGACUCUCAUCAGCCAGAUGGAUGCAGUGGAGCUGCCUGCAGAGUCCAUAACGGCUGAGAUCAUGGGAAAAUGCACUACGCCGCUGUCUGAUGACCAUGAUGAUAACUUUGGGGUUCCCUCUCUGGAGGAACUGGGUUUUGACACCGAAGGUUUGUCUUCGGCUGUGUGGCCUGGAGGAGAAACCGAAGCGCUCACUCGACUGGAGAGGCACCUGGAGAGGAAGGCGUGGGUGGCGAACUUCGAGCGUCCCAGAAUGAACGCCAACUCUCUGCUGGCGAGUCCGACCGGCCUCAGCCCGUACCUGCGCUUCGGCUGCCUCUCCUGCCGCCUCUUCUACUUCAAACUCACCGACCUUUUCAGGAAGGUGAAGAAGAACAGCUCCCCUCCUCUGUCGCUGUACGGCCAGCUGCUGUGGCGCGAGUUCUUCUACACAGCCGCCACUAACAACCCCUGCUUCGACAAGAUGGAGAGCAACCCCAUCUGCGUCCAGAUCCCCUGGGACCGCAACCCCGAGGCGCUGGCAAAGUGGGCCGAGGGCCGGACGGGCUUCCCGUGGAUCGACGCCAUCAUGACGCAGCUGAGGCAGGAGGGCUGGAUCCACCACCUGGCCCGGCACGCCGUGGCCUGCUUCCUGACCCGGGGAGACCUGUGGAUCAGCUGGGAGGAGGGCAUGAAGGUGUUCGAGGAGCUGCUGCUGGAUGCAGACUGGAGUGUCAACGCCGGCAGCUGGAUGUGGCUCUCGUGCAGCUCUUUCUUCCAGCAGUUCUUCCACUGCUACUGCCCAGUUGGGUUCGGCCGACGCACCGACCCCAACGGAGAUUACAUACGGCGCUACCUGCCCAUUCUGAGAGGAUUCCCAGCGAAGUACAUCUACGAUCCGUGGAACGCUCCGGAGUCUGUGCAGAAGGCUGCCAAAUGCAUCAUCGGCAUGCAUUACCCCAAGCCCAUGGUGAACCACGCCGAGGCCAGCUGCAUCAAUAUCGAGCGCAUGAAGCAGAUCUACCAGCAGCUCUCCUGUUACAGAGGCCUCGGCCUUUUGGCUACAGUUCCAUCCAACACUAAUGGAAACAAUGAGACGUCCUCAGAUGCUAUGGCGUUCUCCGUCGAAGCUUCACCACAGCCUGCUGCUCCAGCAGCCUAUCAGAUGCCAGUUCAUUCAGAGACAGACUGGCGCAGCAGUAUGAUGGUUUACCUGCAGGGGGAUCCACAGAACAGCACCAGCACACACAAGCAGGUUCCCAGUUACGCUCCAGCUACCAGCAUGAUGCGCUACACUCAAAGCAGCCCGCAGAAUCCAGGUCCUGCACUGCAAAAAGGAUUUGAGCAUCAUCCCGUCACACAGACCAGCGGAAAACGUCCCAAUGAGGACUCUGGCCACGGCAGAGGCUCUAAAGUCCAGAGGCAGAGCAACCACUGAAGAACGUUUCUGCACAUCGUCCUUCAUAUUAUCAGCCAAAUCAGACCAGACACUAAAGGACUAAAUGUUUACCUCCAGCACCAUGGUGUUGCAUGAACGCACCAUAAAUGCACACACACACAGACACACACACACACACACACACACGUCCCCUGAUUGAACAGACUGUGGACUCUGAUGAGAACUGCACAUCAGCGCCCGCCGGUGAGGCCGCGGCGGCUCUCACUGAGCGCUUAAUAUUGACAAACAUCCUUGUGUAUAUAAUGAAUUUGCAAACUGCAGCUCACACAACUUGUACAUAUUUGGAUAUUGUAUGUAUGUUUUCUCUCCUUGUGUAGCCAUAAACCCAUUGAUAUAUUUUUGAUAUGAGAUCAUGGAUAGAUCUUUUUUUGUUUUGAUAGUUCUCAAUAAAUAUUAAUAAUAAAAAACAUUUAAAGACUUUCUGACAAAAACAAAAAACACUGAGAGCUUCUGUGUUUGCUAACCAUCGUUUUCCCCAAACUUUGUUCUUUCUUGACCCACCUAUCGUAAACUGACAAACAAAGACGAAGUGUUCUGGUUGAUCUCAGUAAUUGUAGACGUGUCUCAUUCCUUUCCAGUGUGGAGGCAAAAUAACAUUAACCAUCUUGAUGUUGCCCUUUUUUUUAGUAGUUUUGGAGAGUAAAAAAAGGACUCAAGAGUCUUUGCAUCACAGUGACUUCCCUGUAAAAUCCUUAAUAAAGAAGUGUCCCACAAACAAGA